AUGGCAUUCAGCACCACCGCCUACCCAACAAAGCAUCAUUUCCUCCAUUCCAACCUCGCCACCAUCCUUUUCUUCGUCGUCCUCUUCACCAUCCCAGCCCUCUUCCUCCUCCGCCACCCCACCACCACCACUUCCUGCUCCAGCGCCGCCGACCACCACCCUCCUUGGUCCGGCGACCUCCGCGCAGCGGACUUCUCAUGGAACCACCUCAACUUCACCCUCCCUCCUCCUCCCAACCUCAAGCUCAAGAUCGCCGUCUUCUCCCGCAAAUGGCCCGUCGCCACCGCUCCCGGCGGCAUGGAGCGCCACGCUUUCACCCUCCACUCCGCCCUCGCCAAACGCGGCCACGAAGUCCACGUCUUCACCUCCCCGUCACGUGACCAACCCUUCCCAUCUUCUUCUUCUUCUUCUUCUUCUCCCAACGUGGCACUGGCAGUCCACUCCCACGCCGGCGAAGCCUUCAAGUUUCGUUUCCCCAAAGCGUGGGACCUCUUCCAACACGAGAACCACCGCUCGCCAUUCCACGUGGUCCACUCGGAGAGCGUGGCGCUCCCCCAUUGGAAGGCCCGCAACGUCUCCAACCUCGUGGUGACCUGGCACGGGAUCGCCUACGAGAGCCUGCAGUCCAGCAUCUACCAGGCCCUGGCCCAAAGGCCCAACGAUCCGGGCCCAUCCGGCCUCAACCGCUCCCUCCACGGCCUAAUCGACGAGAUGCGUUUCUUCCAUAGCUACGCGCACCACGUGGCGAUCAGCGACAGCUGCGGGGAAAUCCUGCGUGACGUGUACCAAAUCCCCCGGAGGAGGGUCCACGUGAUCGUGAACGGGGUGGACGAGGAUUCGUUUGGGCCGGAUGUACAAAUGGGCCGAGAGUUCAGGUCCACAAUCGGCGUCCCACCCAACGCCAGCCUGGUGCUGGGAGUGGCGGGGAGGCUGGUGAAGGACAAAGGUCAUCCGAUUCUCUACGAUGCGUUCUCCGAAUUCAUGGCUUCGCAUCGGGAUGUCUACCUGAUCGUGGCUGGGUCCGGGCCGUGGGAGCAGAGGUACAGGGAGCUGGGCCCGAGGGUUGUGGUUCUGGGCUCCAUGGGCCCGUUGGAGCUACGGGCUUUCUACAACGCGAUUGAUGUGUUUGUGAACCCGACGCUGAGGCCGCAAGGGCUGGAUCUGACGCUGAUGGAGGCCAUGAUGAGCGGGAAGCCCGUGAUGGCGUCGAGGUUUCCCAGUAUAAAGGGGACUGUUGUUGUGGAUGACGAGUUUGGGUUCAUGUUCUCUCCCAACGUGGAGUCGCUGGUGGAGGCUUUGGAGGUGGUUGCCGGAGAAGGGGCGGAGAGGCUGGCCGAGAGAGGGGUGGCUUGUAGAAAGUACGCUGCUUCCAUGUUCACUGCGACCAAGAUGGCUUUGGCUUAUGAGAGGCUGUUCCUUUGUGUCAAGAACCAAACUUUCUGUAUCUACCCUUGA